UAUAUAUUUAUUUUAAAAACAGUUCAAUUUCUAUAAUUUUCACAUGAAUAUGAAAGACUGCAUUAAAUGGUAUCAUUAGUACAGUAAAAGUUAAAUUCCCAAAAUAAUGGACAAAAGAGGUUUUAAGAAAUAUAUCUAAAAGACAAUUUUAAGAGGAUCUUCAGUAAGUACUGUAUAUUUACUUGCUGUUCUAAUUAGUUACAAUUUUACUGUUUUAUUAUUGUUUUUGUAAAUUUUGCCACUCUCAAUUGUUGUGGGUCUCUUAUCUAAAGUUUAUAUAACUUUAAAAUAUUUUAAAAUAAAUACAGUCAAUGCCUGCAAAUGAAAAAUGUUCUUUCUAAAUAAGGCUUUGAAAGAUUCCUAAAAUCAUUUUGAUGUGAUCAAGAAAAUUGCAGAUAUGAUAUAUUUAUCUCCAUUGAUCUGUUACUUUUUGAACUCUGGAUAAAGUUUUUAAAAAGUUCUUAAAGAUUCUGAAGUGCCUCUGGCAAACCAAUUUUAUGUGUGCUUUAAUUUUGAAGGACAAAAAAAGCAAGGAACAAGACGCAAAGGAUGACCUUUCUCAUCCAUUCCUGAAGAAAUCUGAUAAAAGUCCGCCAACAUACAAAGAGCCUUCCUCCUGCCUUACAACACAGAUGAAGUCUCUGUUAAGUGAUCGAAGAGCAAGUCAUGGAGGACUGCCUGAAAAAGAUUCUCCUAGUAAUUUGAAUCCUUUCCAUGAAGCAGCAACAGGCAAGAUGGGCUGUGUCACCUCCUACUCUCUGGAAUACCUUGAAAUUCAGCAACCAGUUCCAAGAACCCCAAGACUCGGAAAACGACAAGAUUCACCUCAACAAGAGCCUUCAAGUCCUGGCAGUCAGAAUUUGGAUUCUCCUUUGAUUCUGAACAUUGUGCAUUCUUUCGAAACUGGCGAUCGAGAGGAUCAGAUAGACCAAGUCUCUCCAUCUCAUCAGUAUCAAAUGCUUAGCUCACCUGUAAAUUUUGGUCGAAGAAGUUCCAGUGAAAGAACAUUGUCUCCCCUCUUCCAGCCUGGGGGCACUUCUCCCAGUCCCACUAAAAGUCCAGGGAACCCCACUCAACUUUCAUUUACCUAUGACGAAAAAAGCAGCUCUUUCAAAGAGGAAUCUGUCUCUCCAACACAGCUGAAUGUCUCCAAUCCUUUGGGGAGCCCUAAUUGUGUGAAAAGUAGAGGCCGAUUCCCUAUGAUGGGCAUUGGACAGAUGAUGAGGAAAAGGAAUCAGUCAGUGGGAUCUCCCACAGAAAAGUCUCUGGAAGCAAGAAUGCCUCAGUUGCAACAAAUGAGCCCCACACAAAUUUCAUUCAGUAUCACAGAUCCUAUAAAUGGCCAGUGCUGAGCUGUUUUAAAAACCUCAAAUUAUUUAGUGCUGGUUUUGGGGACCCUCCCAUUGAAACUUACAUUCAAUUUUUUUCUGUACAGUUUGUUAUUGUAUCUAAUAAGAUAAUCAAAAGCCCAACUAUUGUGGCAUUUGCUCAUGCAGUUGACAAAAAGAUAAGUAUGUCAAGUGAUGUAAAGUGUUUUUUAAAAACUACAUAAUCUAAUGUACGUAGCGUUUGCCUGUAUUCUUAUAUUACCUAUAAAUAUAUGUAAACAAGAACAUUCCAGGUUAACAACUUGACUAAAUGGUGAAAUAUUAAUUGGUUAGAAUGCUACUGUUAUUGCUGAAGCUAUGAUUCUGAAUUUGUGCUUUUCUGACACCAGCAUUAUACACAUCACACAGAGGAAGAAAAAAUGUACCUCCCCCCACCCUCCAUUUCUCAGAUACAUUUGUCGUCUUAGGUACAUCCAGGAGAAAAAAGAAAUAUAGCAGAAAGAACUUGGAAUAAAAGCAAAAAGCUAGACAGAAUGAAACACAGGGAGAAAAAAAACCCCCUUUUUUCUGUAUCUUUACUGUAUCCUAAGUAUUGCAUCACUUAAAAUCUGUAUUUUUUCUAAAGGUAAGACUGAAUUGCAAAGCUAUGCUACCAAACAGAUACAAUCAUCUUAAAAUAAGGAAAUCUGUUUUCAGAUUUUAUUUUCAUCAUGAGACUAUACUUUUAAAAAGGCUUAUCUUUUUUGUAUAGUUGUACUAUUUCUGUGAAACUGUUCAUAGAAAAGCUUUAUAAUCUCCAUUUUAGUAAAACAGUGUUGAAUAUACUUGAAAGUGUUGCUGGAAGUCUUUGCACUGUAUUAAGAGGAUGUGAACCAUAAACAGAUCAGCUAGCCAUUUACAAAAGUAAUGAUUGGACAUUUAGCUGAAUAUUUUAAAAAAUCAACUAUCAUAAACCAGAAGGAUUAACAUUUUUGAAAAGUAAAUAUCUUCUGUAUUUUACAGUUCUUUUUAUUUCACAGUAAAAAAAAUGUCAACAUAAAAAAUAGGCUUCUUUUGUGCAAAUAUUUGGCUGAAUUGUUGACCAUAAUAAAAUUAGCCUGGCAGAACAACAGAUUAUUACUAAUAAUGUGUGCUUUCCCUCUUUUUUUUUAACAUGCACAAUAUGGGGAUGUUAAUAUCUUAGAAGACGAAUCAGAACUAAGUACCGUACUUAUUUUGAUACUUAUACUUUCUGACAUGUUAAGAAAAGCCAACAGCUUCAUGGAGAAAACAGCUUAUUUAGCUUCAAGACUGGACAAGCAUUUAAAGUCAUAGUACUUCUUUUAAGUCAGUUCUUAUAUGGAUGAGCACUGGCUCAUUUAUUUAUUUCAAAGGUGGUAUUACUUUCAUCCAGGAGUAAAAAGAUAUUCCCUUGUACAGGAAGAUCUCCAUAAUUACUCUCAUAGCUGUAGGCUAGCACUGUACCCAGCUGUAAGUCACUGGGAUCAGCUUUCUUAAACAGCCAAUUAAUGAUGAUGCCUGCACUUUUGGGAGUAUACUACUGGCCACAAAGGGUAACUUAUAACUUAGAUGAUUAGAUGUUUGUCCAUAUGGAGAAAAUUCGCUAUAAAGAACAAAGUAGCAGUUGAGAAAAAUGUAAGCUUAACUUUGUCCCUGAUUGGCAAAUUUUGUGAGCAUCAGAAUAUUUUCCCCCAAUGAAUACACUUAUAAUCCACCUUUUGUGUCCACACGCAGUCUACAGUUUUAUUUAUUUACUUAUGUUCUCAAUAAACCACACUUCACUGCUUUUGAUUGUGUUUUAAUUCACUGAUAACUGAUCUCACAUAAUGGGGAGCAGAAGGAAUUUGAGGCUUUUUCAUGCAUUUGUUACUAAUUUCAAAAAUCAAUUUUCUAUUCAACUAUUUUCUACUGUAAGGAACGUUGUGCAAGCUGCUAGACAAUCAGUUCCUUGUGGACAAGUGCAUGGACCUGGGGAGGAGAGUCCUAAAACCUUAAACCUGUUUCUCAUGAAGAAAGAGGUAAGACCUGUAUUUCAUAGAGGACUGGUAGCUGAAGGACAUGGAGCAGGUGGGAAAUUGGAAACAGAAUGAAUUGGAAUUCUGUCUUCACCUAUAGUU